AAGUCGAAAACUGACGUUUUGUUUAGGUUGAAUACCUGGUUCAACAUUGCAGCACGUUUUAGUUGUGGAGCUUUUUUAAGCGUUAAACCAUGAAGAGGAGGGUCGUAAAACAAAUUAAUCCGUCCCCUGACACCAGGGAAACCCGGAGGGCUGCAAAGAAGGAGGGGAUGCUGUGCCGCCGGUGGAUGAAGUGGGGUUUGUUGGCUGCUGCUGUCUACUGAGUGCACUUGGUUACCACGUGCUGGUUCCUGACUACAGAGGUUUUGGAGACUCCACGGGGGAGCCGACUCUGUCCGGUCUGUCUGCGGACGCCGUUUAUCUGUACAACUGGGUGAAGGCCCGCUGUGGAGACAGCCUGCUGGUGCUCUGGGGCCACUCCCUCGGCACCGGAGUGGCCAUACAUUCUGCCGUUAAACUUCUCGAGCAAGGUGUGGUGCUUGAUGGGGUCGUUCUAGAGGGGACAGUCAACACUGACCGACAGUCCUCGCAGGGCCACCAUCCUUUCUUCUGGUACUACUGGAAGUUUCCAGGCAUGGGGUACUUGUUCCCAGAGCCGUGGGCCGAAAACAAGUUUUCCUUUUCUACAGAACAACAUUUGAAAGAAAUGAGAAGCCCGAUUCUUUUCCUUUAUUCUGAAGACGAUCCCUUUGUUCCCAAUGAAGUAGCUCGACAGACCUACGAGGUAGCUGCCACGGCCCAGAGUAAAGAGAAAGUCCAGCUGGUUACGUUUGACGCUUCUCGUGGAUAUCUGCACAACGGCUUGUACCGAGACCCCAAGACGCCGGGCGUUUUGAAGGAUUUCGUGCAGUCCUUGUUACAGUGGAGAAACUCCUAGGACCUCUGAAAGACAGCGCUGCUUUAACCAACUGAUCCACUUCAAUCAUGUGCUGCGAUUUGUUGCCGAGAUGAUUGAUUUUAAAUAAACUGAACAAGUUGAUUAAAAUCUAUGAUUUUUCAGAAAUUC